AUGGCAUGGGAGAAUCAGACCUUCAACUCAGACUUCAUCCUACUGGGAAUCUUCAAUCACAGCCUCACCCACAUCUUCCUCUUCUCUCUGGUCUUGGGUGUCUUCACGGUGGCCUUCAUUGGAAACACUGUCAUGAUUCUCCUCAUCUACCUGGACACCCAGCUUCACACAGCCAUGUACUUCCUCCUCAGCCAACUGUCCCUCAUGGACCUCAUGCUCAUCUGCACCACUGUACCCAAGAUGGCUUUCAAUUACUUAUCUGGCAGGAAGUCCAUCUCUCUGGCUGGUUGUGGAGCCCAGAUAUUCUUAUAUGUGUCCCUGCUUGGAGCAGAAUGUUUCCUGUUGGCUACAAUGGCCUAUGACCGUUAUGUUGCCAUUUGUCACCCAUUACGAUACUCAGUUUUCAUGAACCAGAAAAUCUGUUGUGUUAUGAUUGUUUCUUCCUGGAUUGUUGGCUUUCUUGAUGGUAUAAUUGUCAUUGCAGUUGCACUGUCUUUCCCAUAUUGUGGUGCCCGAGAAAUACCCCACUUUUUCUGUGAUGUCCCUGCCCUUCUCACUCUCUCAUGCACUAAUACAUUGCUAUUUGAAAGGUUAAUGUUUAUUUGCUGUGUAAUUAUGCUUCUCUUUCCUGUAGCAGUAAUCAUUGCUUCCUAUGUUUGUGUUAUUGUGGCUGUCAUUCACAUGGGGUCUGGGGAGGGUUGCCAAAAAGCUUUUGCCACCUGUUCUUCCCACCUCAUGGUGGUAGGAAUGUACUAUGGAGCAGCCAUGUUUGUAUACAUGCGGCCUGUUUCUGAUCGUUCCCCCACCCAGGACAAGAUGGUGUCAGCCUUCUAUACCAUCCUUACUCCCAUGCUGAAUCCCCUCAUCUACAGCCUCCGCAACAAGGAAGUGGCCAGAGCAUUCGUGAAGGUGUUGGGGAAGAGCAAGUCUGGAGAGCAAAUUGCCUAA